CCUGCACUCUGUCAGAGACGGGUUACUUAUAGUAACCUUCUUAUAAUUAAGACGUUAACGUUAAUUGCCAGACUCUAUAGGCAUUGUAGACUAAUUUUACAAUAAGUUCAAAUCAACCAAAGACCACCAUGGAAAAAGGUCAUCCUCCUCCUGUAAUAAUGAAUGAUCUGGACACCUGUGUGCUUCACAGCUCGUAGCAACAUGACAGAGUUUUGGAAGGAGCACUCCAAGGACGCCACAGUGGAGGAGAUGAUGCUGGACUCUCGUGCCAGGGAACUGACCCAGCAGGAGGUGCCCGAGAUCCUCUCCAUGCUGCCCUGCCUGGAUGGGUACAGAGUGCUGGAACUGGGAGCUGGCAUCGGUCGUUACACCAGCCACCUGCUGACCAAGGCCAGCCACGUGACGGCUGUGGACUUCAUGGACAGCUUUGUGGAGAGGAAUAGGCAGAACAAUGGUCACCAUAGCAACGCUACCUUCAUCCAAGCUGAUGUCACAAAGCUGGAUGUCCCCCAAAACAGCACUGACUUCAUCUUCUCCAACUGGCUGCUGAUGUACCUGAGUGACGAGGAGCUGAAGUCCUCUAUGGAGAAGAUGCUGGGCUGGCUGCGGCCCGGUGGCUUUCUUUUCUUCAGAGAGUCCUGCAACCACCGGUCAGGUGACUCCAAGAGGGACUUCAACCCCACCUGCUACCGCACUGACGCACAAUACAGCCGCCUGGUAUCCUCAGUACAAGUGGAGGGGCCAGAGGGGGGCCAAAAGUUUGGUUUCGACAUUGUGUUGAAAAAGAAAGUUCAGACCUAUAUUGAGAUGAAAAACAAUCCGAAUCAGAUCUGCUGGCUGCUGGAGAAGGUUCCCCGCUCCUCCAACACCCAGAACGGAUUCAACACCUUCCAGCAGUUCCUGGACAACCAGCAGUACACCAACCGUGGUAUCCUACGCUAUGAGAAGAUGUUCGGGGCUGGUUAUGUCAGCACAGGCGGGCCGAGCACCACCAAGGAGUUUGUGGAUCUGCUGAACCUGAAGCCCGGACAGAAGGUCCUGGAUGUUGGCUGUGGCAUUGGUGGAGGAGACUUCUACAUGGCAAAGACCUUUGGAGUGGAAGUGCUUGGCCUGGACCUGUCAGACAACAUGGUGAACAUCGCAAUGGAGAGGGCGAUCACUGAGAAGCUGCCAUCAGUCCAGUUUGAGGUGGCUGAUGCCACUAAGAGGAAGUUCGCAGAAGGUUCCUUUGAUGUGAUCUACAGCAGAGACACUAUCCUGCACAUAGAUGAUAAACUGGCACUCUUCAAACGCUUCCAUUCGUGGUUAAAGCCAGGUGGCCGGUUGCUUAUCAGCGAUUACUGCUGUGGGGAGAAGCCCUGGACACCAGUGUUCGAGGCCUACGUCAAACAGAGAGGCUACGUCCUCUUUACACCCUCACAGUAUGGCAAGUUCAUUGAGGAAGCUGGUUUCUGCAAUGUUCGGGCAGAAGACCGGACAGCCCAGUUCAUCCAGGUCAUUAAGACAGAGCUGCAGAGAGCAGAGGCCAUCAAGGAUGAAUUCAUUGAGGAAUUCUCUGAAGAAGACUAUUUUGCAAUAGAAAAUGGAUGGAGAGAAAAACUGGGGCGUUCCAACAGUGGAGACCAACGAUGGGGACUAUUUUAUGCAACAAGGGAUUGAAUGAUUGCACUAAGAAUGGAGAAGAUAAUAAAAGAGAAAAAGGAA